UAAAAGUUGCGAGAAAUUUCAUUCAAGCUUUCUAAUAUCAAAUAAAUUGAUAUUUUUUACUUAAAAUGAUUUAAAUAAAUUAUAAAAAUUUCCUACAAGUUUAAAAUCAAUAAUUUAAAUAGGAAGUAUUAUCAGUAUGGCCCCAUUGAACAAAAAUUCAAAAAACAAGGCUAGAUUGCCGAAAAUGACAACACAAACAUUACUGGAUUUUGAUUUAGGAGAAAGCUCAUCUGAUAGUGAUUUUCGUAUUGAGGAUCAUGACGACGAUAGCGAUGAUGAUUUUUCAGUCAAUUCAAAUGAUAGUGAUGGCGACAUGGAUGAUGAUGAUGACGAUGAUGAGGAAAAUGAUACGGAUUCAGAUGACAGCGAUAGUAAUAAAGAAACAGCAAAGGCGAUAGAAAAAAUAGGAUUGACUUCAACAAAAAUGGAAGAGAAUUCGAAUGUUAAAGAUAUAAUUUCCAAAACAUUGGCUGGAGAAAAUACGGUUUCUAAUUUAAAGAUUGACCUUUCGAAAAAUUUAAUAUGUUGCGCAUGCCUUGGUGAUCGAUCCGAUGAUUCUAAUGAAAUUGUCGAAUGUGAUGGUUGUGGAGUUUCUGUACAUGAAGGUUGUUACGGAAUUAGUGAUACAGCAUCGAUAUCUUCAACAAAUUCUUCAUGUUCAACUGAGCCCUGGUUUUGCGAGGCAUGUAAAGCUGGUGUUAUAGAGCCAAGUUGUGAGUUAUGCCCUGGGAAAGGUGGCAUUUUUAAGGAAACAGAAGUCGGGCGUUGGGUUCAUUUAAUAUGCGCACUCUAUGUUCCAGGAGUUGCAUUUGGUGAAGUAGACCAUUUAUCUUCAGUAACAUUAUUUGAAAUGCAGUAUAGUAAAUGGGGAGCAAAGCAGUGUACUUUAUGCGAAGACGAUCGGUAUGCCAGAACUGGAGUUUGCAUUGGCUGUGAUGCAGGGAUGUGUAAAACAUUUUUUCAUGUGACAUGUGCUCAAGCGGCUGGUUUUUUGUCAGAACCACAUUCUGAUGAAGCAGAUCACGCUGAUCCAUUUUACGCCCAUUGCAAGGUUCACUCCGACAAAACUAUGAUUAAACAUAGGAAAAGAAAUUACAACUUAAUGAAAUUAAGAAUGCAGCAAAUAAGGUAUGAGAAAGAAGAACAUAGUAAUGAAAAGCAGACACCAGAGCAGAUAAGAAUUCAAAGAAAAUUAGUUAAACAUCAAAAUAAAUAUAAAGGUCACAAAGAAACAAAAAAUGAUCCAUGGGUUCCAACCCAAAAAAUUCCUAGAUUAUUAACAACCAGUGCUACGGCAGUUCGUCGUUUGCAUGCAAAAGCAGCAGUUAUGGGAAUCGACACCGAGCUUUUAGAAUUUCAAGAAGCACAGGUGGCUGCGAUAACUGACGUACGUAAAAAAUGGCACGUUCCACCUGCAUUUAGUGUGGAAUUCGUUGCCUAUUAUUUGGAUCGAAUUAGUCGAACGAAAGAACUAAAGUUGACUUUAGAGAAAAACGUUGAUGACAAUAAAAAAUUGUUAAUAGAUCAAGCUCAUUUUAGGGAAGAAUAUGAUAAAAAAAUAAAAAUUAAUGCUGAACUUUUGGAAUCAAACGUUAAAUUAAAAAGUAUUAUAGAAGAAAUGCACAAGCAAAUAUCCCUUUUAUGUCCAAACAAACAACUACAAUCAAUUGAUAAUAUUGGACGUCCAAUUCAGCAACCUCUGCAGUGUGGAAAUUCAACUCAGAUUCCUCAUAUUACUACAACGGCUGUUGCAAUUCCCAGAACAAUGACUGUCCCAACAGCAGCUGCUCGCAAAAUGGGUGUAGGCUUUCCCUUGAACAAUUUACCUGGCGACAAGAGAAAUGAUACCAAUCGAGUUCUCAGUACGCAAAUUCAGAAUAAAAACCAAUUAGUGCACAAUUGUGGAAUUUGCAAGGGAUGUCAUGAUCAACAUUUAUUAGCUAAAUGUGAUACGUGUCAUUUACAUUACCAUUUAGGUUGCUUAAAUCCACCAUUAACACGGCAUCCUAAAAAAUCCAAACUUUAUGGAUGGCAAUGUUCAGAAUGUGAUAAGUCAGAUGAUUCUGACGUCAUAGUGGAACUACCACCAGGUCCUCGUCGAUCGCGUACAAAAUUUAGUAAGGAUGGUAAAAUUGUACCAGCCGAUGGAAAUUCAAGUUUAAAUUCCUUAGAAGAAGAUAGUAUUACAAAUAACAUUGAUAAGCCGCAAGCAAUUCAAACAACAAAGAGAAAAUCUACCGAUAGACGUUCCUCAAUAACACAACCUCUAUCUCCCAAAAUGGCUUCAAUAGCAACUGGGGGCGAAGUAGCUAAAGCAAUUAAAAAAUCUGAGAAAAUUGAUUUGAAGCCGAUAGUAUAUAAUGGUCAAAUACGUUCUCCUAAAGAAGCUACUCCACCAAAAAGCCCUAAGAAAUCAAAUACGAAAACGGCGAGCAUUGGUAACCGAAAAGAUUCAAGUCAGAGCCCUUCAAAAAUUGUAAAUUAUUCAGUUACUGAAAAAAGUGGUGACAUAUCUAUAGAAAAACGUAACAACUCAAUUGGAGCAAAUCAGCAAAAUAAAAUAGAAAUAUCCGCAAAGAAGGCGAAAAAGCAUUUAGGAAUUUCUAAAAGUCCUCCGCCAGUGACAACAUCAUCUUUAACAAUAACAACUACAAAAGUUAGACCUUCAUCAUCAGGUUCAAUUCCAAUCAAAGCUAUUUUUGAUCCAUUAUCUUUAGAUAAUGAGUCUCCAUUGGCUGAAAAUGUCGUUAUUAAGCCGAUUAGAACUCCAAAACGUAAAAAAGACAACGAAGAAGAUGUUGAUCCCUUACAAAUUAGCCCUAAUAAAUUAAAUUGUAAUGUAAAUUUAAAUAUAAGUAAUAAUGAAAAUAUCGUGUUAAAUGAUGACCAGAGUAACGUUGUUAUUAUUAAUGAUGGCACUGUUGGAGGUUAUGAUGUCGUGGAGAAUAGUGAUAAUAUAAGUCAUAAAAUAAAUCGUAAAAAAAGAAAAGAAAAACAUAAAAAUAGGUGUUAUUCGGACAGUGAUAAAUCACCAAGCAAAGAACAUAAACGAAAACGGAAGAAGAAGAAUCAUGAUAACGAAAACCCCAAAGAUUUGUCAUCAUCAACGUCAUCUGUACCGAAAAUCAAAAUUAAGUUUAAAACUCUUCCAUUGCCUGGUGAGACAGCUCCUGAGCCACAAUUUUUUUAUGUUUCGGCGGAUAUGGUCCGUCCAACGGAUGCAUCAUCACGACCUACAUCGGUUGAAACAGUUGAAGAAAUGGCAACGACAAUAAAUAAUGAUAAUGAAACAAAACUGAAUAAUCCAAAUAUGCCAACAACAUCAACACCACUAGGAACACCAGCAAAUUUAAAUGCUAACAAUACAGGUCUUGGUGACCUUUGUGAAGGAAAUUCACCCACUAAACGUACACCGAAACCAAUUAAUAGAGAUAUUCCAAAAUCGUUAGCUAUACCAGCCAAACAAACAGCAUCUAGUCCAAAAAGAACAAAAAAAUCAAGAAUGUCAACUAAUUCAAAUAUUUCAACUAGUAACACUAGUGUCAGUUCACAAUUGCUAACAUCGACAUGCAGCCUUAAUUGUACUACUUGUCAGUUAAUUGGUACUAUACAGAAUAGUGUACAAUGUGAUGAAUGUUAUAAAGUCUAUCACUUUUCUUGUUUGGACCCACCAGUGAAGAAAACCCCAAAAAGACGCGGUUAUUCAUGGCAUUGUGCAGAUUGUGAUCCUACGGACCAUGAAGGAUCAUAAUUUUACAGUUUCGAAAAAUAUAAAUUGAAGGCAAAUUUCUGAAAAUAUAUGCUAAUAAUUUGCUAUAAUUCCAUUAUUUAGCAAAUUACUAAAUUUUCGUUAAUUAAUAGUUUAAUAAAAAUCUUUAAUUUUGUAGUUUAUAAGAAAUAUCAGUUUUAUUUCAUAAUGAAUGAAGCCCAAAUUAAAAGUUUUGUAUUUAAAAAUUGUAAUUAAAAUAAAUUUUUGUCUUA